AUUACAGCAUGAUACUCUUCGCAGUGAAACCGAGAAAAUGAUCUGACUAAAACCUCACAUUUUAUUCAUUUACGCCCGUUAAUAUUUUCCUAUCUCAAUGUUCACCGACCUCUGACGUUGUCUAUUGCCGGCACUGUUGAAUGGGCCUCAUUUUCAAAGCAUUAUUCAGAGAUGAUUCAUUUCCAGUAAGAGUAUGGAAAAUGUGAAGCGUAACCACAUGCCAUGCUUUAUGUCCCGCUGGGUGUGUUUGAGUUGGUGGCACCAUGCCAAGAGGGAGGCCGGAGAGGAAGCUUAUUUGCUUAUUUCUAUAGGCAUGAAUAGUCACAUUGUACAGAAACGGUUAAUCAAGUGACAGUAAAAAAUGUGAAUGAGGCAACAGUUUUUACUUUUGCCUUUGAGUGGAUGAAGCUAUAGGGGCCACUAGAUUCUAAGGGAAACACAUCCACAUAGGUAUUGUUUAUAAAAACACUUGUGGCAGGACAUUUCAACAUCUGGGAUAUUUCAAACGCUCUCUAUUUACAUAAUGGCAAAAUGUGUAGCAAGGGAUUCACAGCAUUCCCUUAAAGUGAUUCAUUUACAGUAUGUUCACUGUCAGAGAGCACAGUGUUGUUUAGAGGCUUAGGGGAAAAAAUAUGUAAUAGAAAUAGUUUACUUUCAUGCAACAUUGGACAGAUAUUGGCCAGCUGCCUUUGGAUACCCUACCCAAACAGUUCCUUCCAUUCAAUGACCUACUGUAGUCUUAGCUCUAGCAGUCCCUCCCAUCUGGUUAGUAUUGCACAGGCAUCUCCCCAUCAAUCACACAGGACACCAGAUCUUCCAUUCUCCCCUACAGAAACAAGGAAACCCCUGCUUCUCACACAAGCUCUAUCUUUGAAGGACGUGCCUCCUUCUCCUCCUACUGUACUCUCUCUCUCUCACACACACCCACAUUCACACACCCACACGCAUACACAGAGCGAAGCUCGUGGCCGUCCAGCUGCACAAAUAUACUGGAUGCUUGUUAGCGGUGGAAACUGAAUUUUCUUUACCUUGAGAUUUUCUGCAGUAUUCUCCAAAAUGAGUAGCUCUUUCUCAGCCAAAAUGGAACUGGCUAAAGAUAUGAAGGAGGAGGAUAAGUUGUACAGAUAUAAUGGAGUGCUGUACCCUGUCAUCAUGAGUCCAGUGGAGAACCUGAAGGCUAUGGAGAGGCUGGAAGCAAGAGCAGAUGAUGUAAUGUUAGUUGCAUAUCCCAAAUGUGGUUUUAAUUGGAUGGUGGCGGUGCUUCGUAAAAUACUAGCAGCAGCAACUGGUGAGAAAGCAGAGUCCCAAACCCCUCCAUUGAUGGAGUUCUUUGGGCCAGAAAUGCAGCAGGUUAUUCACAAAGCCCCGUCCCCCAGAUUUCUAGGGACACACAUGCACCCAGAUAACAUUCCUGCAUCCUUCACCACAAUGAAAACAAAGAUGCUGGUGAUAUUCAGGAACCCGAAAGACACAGUGGUUUCCUUCUAUCACUUCUCCAACAAAAACCCAUUUCUACCCACUGCCGAGUCUUGGGACCGCUUCUUCUCAGAGUUUAUGAGUGGAAAAGUUCCCUGGGGUUCAUAUUUUGACCAUGUACUUGGCUGGGAGAGGAGAAUGGAUGACCCUAACGUGAUAAUAGUCACCUUUGAGGAGUUAAAACAGGACCUGAGUGAAGGUGUGCGAAGGGUCUCUGAGUUCUUUGGUUUCAGUCUCAGUGAUCCUCAGAUCCAGGCCAUCUCAGAGGAGAGCACCUUCAACGCUAUGAAGGAGAGCUCCAAUGACUCACACGGCCAGAUGGGCAACGUCUUGUUCAGGAAAGGUGAAGUAGGAGACUGGAAGAACCAUUUCAGCCCAGCCCAAAGCCAGGAGAUGGACACAGCAUUUGAGAAGCACCUGGCAGGGACUAAGCUGGGGGCUAAACUGAAGUAUGACCUGUACUGCAAGUAGAUAGCAGACAGGAUGAGCACUGACUGAACUGAGACAGGAUGCAAGGGAAACACUGACAGAUUAGGAAAGUUCAACCCCAACAGGCAGGAGAGCUGGUAUGCAGUAGCUAAACUGACAUAAACAAUUAGGAAUUUGGUGGUGGGACACUUGUUACUCCACUUGACUGUCUUACACUGCAGCCAUUCAAGGGCAUUUUUGUGAAAGUGUGACAUGAGAUAGAGUAGACAUGAUAUACUUCAUGUUGGAUUCUUUAUACACAUCUUGUAAUCCUUGUUUUUAUACCACUGCACUUAAGUACGUUAAUUCUAGUUGGUUCAAUGAUUGAUAUCAGCCUCCUUGUCUGUAUUUUAUGAUAUUAAGCAUUCAGUUCAGAGUAGCGGAAUUUUACUCCAGGAUCAUAUGUGCCACACAGUGUAGUUCCAUGAAUUACAUGCCACAUGAGGUGAACUAUAAUGAUCAUGUUCAAAGUCCUAGUAAGAAUGCCUUUUGACGUUGGCACUGGCUUUUGUCGUAAUGGCCAUGCUUGCCAACAAUGUGACAGGUUACACGCAAUAAGACAGUUGGAUUGAAAUGCAUACAAUACUAGAAAAAUAUAUAUACAGUGGGGAGAACGAGAACAAGUAUUUGAUGCACUGCCGAUUUUGCAGGUUUUCCAAAUUACAAAGCAUGUAGAGGUCUGUAAUUUUUAUCAUAUGUACACUUCAACUGUGAGAGAAGGAAUCUAAAACAAAAAUCCAGAAAAUCACGUUGUAUGAUUUUUAAGUAAUUAAACGGAAUCUAAAAACAAACCAAAUAUAUUGUGUCCUUAAAAUGUAUAUAGUGUAUGUAUGAACUGGAAGUAGAAGCCUAAAUAUUGUUGUCCAUUAGUUUAUUCCAAUUAGGGGAGGGGUGUAAGGGUUAGGAGAAAAUAAUAAAGAAGGAAAAUAUAUUUAACAAAUAUAUAUAUAAAAUAAUAUAUAUUUAUCCCAAAAUAUAUAUGGGGAUUGGAAAUUAUGCAUACAAUUACAUUGAUAGAAACCACAAUCUACUGUAUUUGCAAUAUUAAAGCUGAUCUACUCCCUAAAUAAACUGAGCAAAAAAAGAAACAUCCCUUUUUGUCUUUCAAAGAUCAUUUGUAAAAAUCAAAAUAACUUCACAGAUCUUCAUUGUAAAGGGUUUAAACUGUUUCCCAUGCUUGUUCAAUGAACCAUAAACAAUUAAUGAACAUGCACCUGUGGAACGGUCGUUAAGACACUAACAGCUUACAGACGGUAGGCAAUUAAGGUCACAGUUAUGAAAACUUAGGACACUGAAGAGGCCUUUCUACUGACUCUGAAAAACACCAAAAGAAAGAUGCCCAGGGUCCCUGCUCAUCUGCAUGAAAGUGCCUUGGGCAUGCUGCAAGGAGGCAUGAGGACUGCAGAUAUGGCCAGGGAAAUGAAUUGCAAUGUCCGUACUGUGACACGCCUAAGACAGAGAUACAGGGAGACACGAUGGACAGCUGAUCGUCCUCGCAGUGGCAGACCACAUGUAACAACACCUGCACAGGAUCGGUACAUCUGAACAUCACACCUGCAGGACAGGUACAGGAUGGCAACAACAACUGUCCGAGUUACACCAGGAAUACACAAUCCCUUCAUCAGUGCUCAGACUGUCCGCAAUAGACUGAGAGAGGCUGGACUGAGGGUGUGUAGGCCUGUUGUAAGGCAGGUCCUCACCAGACAUCACCGGCAACAACGUAUCCUAUGGGCACAAACCUACCGUUGCUGGACCAGACAGGACUGG